AUGGGUGGUUCAAGUAAUAGUAAUGUACCAUUAGAGGAAGAUUUGGUGUAUGAUGUUGAACUUCUUCCUCAUGAUCCGGGAAAAAGAAUAAACAUUAUGGAUUACCCCGCAAAUGAACGAAAUGCUGUUAGGAGGGGUUAUAUUCUUAAAAAACCUUGCCAACCAAAAACUCAUGACUUCCCUACAAGACAAGUGUCUGGUUUGCGUCGCUUUAGUGUUCAUUGGUUCAACAAAUGGGAUUGGCUUGAAUAUAGUAUUGAAAAAGAUGUUGCAUUUUGUUUUGUAUGUUACUUGUUCAAGAAUGAAGUUGGUAUUAAACCGGGGGGUGAUGCAUUUGUUGAUGGAGGGUUUAGGGCAUGGAAUAAACCGGAAAGAUUUGAGAAGCAUGUUGGUGGAAUUAAAAGUGCUCAUAAUCUUGCUUAUGAGAAAUAUGUGAAUUUAAGAGAUGAAAAAAAGAAAUCAAUCUUGAAUGUGAUUGACAAUGCAAGUGAUGUGAUUAAAAGUGAAUAUUUUAUCCGCUUGAAAGCAUCUUUAUCUUGUUUAAGAUUUCUUUUGGGGCAAGGUUUGGCAUUUCGUGGACAUGAUGAAAGUGGGGAGUCAUAUAAUAGGGGUAAUUUCCUUGAGCUUUUGAAGUGGUUAGGAGAAAAGGUUGAGGAAGUAAGGAUACAUACUCUUGAAAAUGCACCUAAAAAUUGUCAAAUGACUUCCCCUCCUAUUCAAAAGGACAUUAUUAACUGUUGUGCCAAAGAAACAACUAGAGAUAGUGGAAAGGUAAUGGAGCGAUUUUUAGGCAUUGUUCAUGUUGCUAAUACUACCGCUUUAACUCUUAAAGAUGCAAUCAUGUCUUUACUUGUUGAACAUUCAUUGAGCCCAUCUAUGAUAAGAGGGCAAGGGUAUGAUGGAGCUAGCAACAUGAAGGGUGAAAUAAAUGGCCUUAAGACUUUGAUUAUGAAUGAUACUCCAAGUGCCUACUAUAUACAUUGUUUUGCUCAUCAACAUCAACUAACAUUAGUUGUCGUUGCUAAAAAGAAUGAUAGUUGUGGUUGGCUUUUCGAGAUACUUGGAAAUUUGUUGAAUGUGGUUGGAGUUUCUUGCAAGAGAAGAGAAAUGAUUCGUCAAGAUCAAGCUCAAGAAGUUGCUCGAGCCUUGGAUGUUGGGGAUAUUGUGAGUGGAUCGGGUUUAAAUCAAGAACUUGGUUUGAGUAGGCCCGGGGAUACUCGUUGGAGUUCUCAUUACAAGUCACUUUUAAAUGUCAUCCUCUUAUUUCCUACAAUUAUUAAGGUGCUUGUACAAAUUGGGAAGCAUGGUGCAUCGGAAGAUAAGUUCAAAGCUCAAAUUGUUUUAGGACAAUUAGAGUCAUUUGACUUUAUUUUUGUUGCUCACUUGAUGUUGACUAUUUUUGGAUACACUAAUGAUUUGUGUGUUGCUUUGCAAAGAAAGGAGCAAGAUAUUGUAAAUGCCAUGGAACUUGUCACUUAUACAAAAACGGUGUUGCAAAAAAUGAGGGAGCGAGGAUGGGAUACUCUCUUAAACAAGGUAACUUCAUUUUGCACUAAACAUGGUGUUGUUAUUCCCACUAUGGAUUAUCUUUAUGUUCCUCAUGGAAGAUCAAGACGUUUUGUUGAAGAAGCAACAAAUGAACAUCAUUUUCGGGUUGGAAUUUUCUUAAGACUAAUUGAUUUGCAUCUUCAAGAACUUGAUGAACGAUUUAAUGAGAGGAAUAUGGAGUUACUAUUAUGUAUGGCUUGUUUAAGUCCUAAAGAUAACUUCUCAUCCUUUGAUAAAGAUAAGGUACUUAAACUUGCCUCUUUUUAUCCCGAAGAAUUUUCAAGCUUUGAUUUGAUGGCUCUUGAAUAUCAACUUGAUGUAUUCAUGGAGAAUAUGCUAAAUGAUUAA